AUGGAAUUAGUUGCAAUUUCUGUGGCAAUUGCCAGCAAAUUGCGGUCCCAACAAACUAAACGCAAUAGAGCAAUAAGUAAUUUUGAAAGUCGAUCAAAAAUCAAAUCAUACAUUGGUUCAGUUGUUUUAAAGAAUACACCAUCAGAAUUUAUUUAUCAUUUCCGUGUGAGUCAUGAAGUAUUUGAAAUACUUUUGAUGUCAUUACCACCUAGAAAUAAAUCAAUAAGAGGAAGACCGUUAUUGGAUAAUUCUUUUUGUUUAAUAUUAACAUUAUGGAUGUUAGCUAAUGAAAAGGAAACCUAUCGACAAACUGGAGAACGAUUUGGAAUUAGUGAAAGUACUGCUUUUAGAGUCUUUAAAAGUACCAUUUCUUCAAUUUCCAACUUGGAAGAAAAAUACAUUGUAUGGCCCAGAGGAUUAGCAGCCCAAAGAAACAUUAACGGAUUUCAUAAUCUUAGAAAAGUGCCUUUCCCCGGAGCAUUUUGUGUAGUUGAUUGUUCACAUAUACGCAUUAAUGGUUCACUAAGUGAUAAUAGUUACCUCAAUCGAAACCACUAUCAUAGUGUUAUUAUACAAGGAAUUUGUGACUUUGAAGGAAAGUUCAUUAAUGUAUUUGUGGGAUAUCCUGGGUCAUCGCAUGAUGCUGCAGUUUGGGUUAACAGCCCUGUACAUAAAAAAUUGAUACAAAAUCAUUAUGAAAUCAUUCCUCCAAACUGUUUCAUCUUAGGGGAUUCAGCAUAUCCAUUAUCAGAGUUCCUAAUGAAACCUUAUCGUGACAAUGGUCAUUUAGAAUUACACCAAAAAAAGUUUAAUACAAUAUUGAGUUCAAGCAGAGUUGUAAUAGAACAAGCAUUUGGUGGUCUAAAGGGUAGAUUUCGGAGGUUAAAAGGUAUUGAAACAUUAUGUGUUGAAGCAGUUUCAGAAACCGUUAUUGCAGCUUGUAUAAUACACAAUAUGUGUUCAGAUCAAGACUUAGGUGUGGAUAACCUCACUGAUGAUUCAUUUUUCAACUUGGAAGAAGACGAAGACAACAUUAGUUCACAGAUAACCAGAUCAUCCGAUGUUCUGACUUUAAGAGAAUCUAUUGCUAAAAGCUUAUAA